AUGUGCUCUACAUGCGGCAGUACCAUCGCCGAGAAAAUCGAUGGCCUACUUUGCAUCCACACAGGAGCUCUCGACCAGUUGGACGACACAGUGCAGUUUGAACGCCAAAUAUUCGUCAAGGAUACCAAAGAUGGUGGCUUCAGCCACUGGCUCAAAGACUUGCCAAUCGAGACACACGCUACUCUGAAUGACAGUCUGCCUGCAGACUGGCCCCAACCAAGCAAGCGACCAGCAGACAAAGUAUCAGAUCGACUGCACGCCCACUGUCUAUGCAAUGGUAUCAACUUCUGGAUCUCUCGUCCACUGACAUCAUCCGCCAACCCCGACAACCCAAAGUCUGACACAUACCAGCACAACCCUGACCGUGGAGAUUACGAAGUUGAGGACCCCUGGUGGCUUUGCGAGAACCGCACCAAAUUCUUCGCCGAAGUAUGCCAAUGCAACUCCUGCCGUCUAUCGAGUGGCUGCGACUUCAUUCCAUGGACCUAUGUUCCAACCACAGACGUCUCUUUGGCCGCUGAUGGAAGCGUGCCUUUCUCCCGCGACUUUGGUACGCUCAAGAGCUACCGCUCUUCUGACCACGCAACUAGAUGUUUCUGUGGUGAGUGUGGUGCGACCGUCUUCUAUAUCAGAGAUGAAAGACAUGGUAUCGCAAACGUGGCUGUGGGAUUACUUGAUGCAGACGAGGGCUCGUUGGCACAAAGCUGGCUUUGGUGGAGGACUGACGCACUUGACUUCAAAGAGGAUAGUAUAGGUCGUGCAGCCGCUAUUGUAAAUUCUGUCGAAGGGGCAUUGCAGAAGUGGGGCCAGGAAGCAUCAGCUUCGAGCUCAUGA